AUGUCGUCCGGCCGCAUGCGCAUGGACCUAGACGACGACGACGACGCCGCCGACGAUGCCCGCAACGCCGACAACGCCGCCGACGCCGGAGGCAUCUCGAUCGAGGACCUCGUCUCGUCAAAGUCAAACUACAUGAGCGCAGCAGACGCUGCCAUAUCCGCACAGAUCGACUCGCGCAAGUUUGCACGCAGCAUCGCAGUCCCCACCUCGGAUCCAAAAGUCAGGCGCCGACUCCGACAGCUCAAGCAACCCAUCACCUGCUUCGGAGAGCGCGAAAUGGACCGCAGGGAACGCCUCCGCGCACUCCUCGCAAACCUACUCCAGCAGGCAGGCGACCUCGUCGACGGCAGGGACAAGGCCGCAGCGGCGGCAACGGCAGCCGGCCAAGGCUCCGACGGCGGCAGCGAUGCCGACAGCGACAACGACGACGACAGCGAAAAGGAAGAGGAGUUCUUCACCCAAGGUUCACAGCGCCUCGUCGACUCGCGGCGCACCAUCGCAGCCUACUCGCUCAAGCGCGCAAAACAGCGCAUCGCCCAGCAGAGGCUGGACGCCAACGUACCCCUCACCAAGCUCGUCGCCCUGCGCAAGCGCACCUUUGAACCCAUCAAGCAGUUCACCAACCUCGGCUCCCAGAUCGGCGGCGACCGCCCCAUCUCCAUGACCCGCUUCUCCCCAGACGCCUCCCUCCUCGCCACCGGUAGCUGGUCCGGCAGUCUCAAGCUCUGGAACAUCCCCAGCGCAUCCGAACGCGCCACCCUGCGCGCCCACUCGGACAAGGUCGGCGGCGUCGCCUGGCACCCAAAGGCCACCAUCGGCCAGUCGUCGGGCGCAGUCAACCUCGUCACGGGCGCAGCCGACGCCACCGUCUGCCUCUGGAGCCUCGACAGCGACCGGCCACUCGCCACGCUCAAGGGCCACGAGGGGCGUGUCGCACGCACCGCCUUCCACCCGACAGGUGCCUACGUGGCCAGCGCAGCCUUUGACGGCACGUGGCGGCUGUGGGACGUCGAGAGCGCAGAGUGCCUCCUCAUCCAAGAAGGCCACAGCAAGGAAGUCUACUCGGUCGAGUUCCAGGACGACGGCGCACUGAUUGCCAGCGGCGGCCUCGACGCCAUUGGCCGCGUAUGGGACACGAGGACGGGGCGCACGGCCAUGGUGCUCGACGGCCACGUCAAGGAGAUACUUUCGAUUGACUUUGCGCCCAACGGCCACCAGGUGGCUACGGCGAGCGGCGACGACACGGUGCGGAUAUGGGACAUGCGGGCGCUCAAGUCGAUCUACACGAUACCGGCGCACAAGUCGUCGGUGGCCGACGUGCGCUUCUUUCGGUCGCAGCGCGAGCGCAGGGCGGCACCCUGGCUGCCGCCGUCGCCGUCGCCUGCGACGAACGCCACGGUCGACGUCGAAAUGAGCGAAGGGCCGGCGGAGGCGGGCGGAGGCGGAGGCACCAAUGGCGAGGGCGAGGAUCCAGUGAGUCGGUCGGGCAGCUACCUGGCCACGGCGGGCUAUGAUGGCCUGGUAAAAGUGUGGAGUGCCGACGACUGGCAGCUGCUCAAGACGCUCAAGGGCGACGGCGGGCGGGUCAUGUCGGUCGACAUCAGUUCCGACGGCGAGUACAUUGCCAGCGGCGAGUGGAGCAGGACAUUCAAGCUGUGGGGAGCUCUCUGA